CCACAGCUGGCGCACCUGAAAAGGGAAGCGUGGGAGGGAGAAAACUUAAAAUGUGUGGCAAUGUUCGCAUCAGUGGAUAACAAGAAUUGAAGAAAGAGCACACAACUUUUGGUUACUCCUACGAUCAUCUUCACAAAGACAAAACAUGUACUUUAAUAGAACAGAAAGAGUAUUUCUGCAGAUUUUACUUCUUAUUGCAUUCAUCUCCAUAAUUUCAGAAUGCAAGGGUUUGACUUUUAAACCUGCUAAUGAAACCACCAUCAGGAUCAUCAACUCUAAGAACAUGGAUUGCAAAAUGUGCAAAAAUUCAGCUAAACCUCCCCAACAACAAUGUAAAGACUCCAUAACAUUUGAUAAAAACAUCAAAGUGGAGAUCGAGAUUAAAUGCAAGAAAUCUCAAGAUCUACCGACACUGGAAAUCAAGCGCAAUAUAGCAUGUAGCCAGACAUCAUGUGACACGGUCUCCCAGGUUUAUAAAGAAUUCUCAGGUUUAGAGAAAUACCGUCGCAGGUUUACCUGGAAUAUUAAUUCUUCAUCAACAAACUCCUUAUCGAUCAGUUUUGAGGGAGGUCUCCAACAGAUUGGUAUGGAAAAAACAUGUCCUGAUAAACACACCUUCACUCUCCAAGACAAAGGAGCUACGCUGGAGAAAUACUGUUCCAAAGGGCCCAACACGGUUCCAAUAAGGAAAAAUCAGAGUUUCUCUCUGGAGCUCCCAGCAGGCCAGAGACUAAAUAAUUUCUCCUUUGAGGUCUCUCUGCAGAAGAAAUCUGAAAGCAAACCUCUUGUGAUCCCAAUACUUUGUGCUCUGGUCGGUCUACUCAUCAUUUUCAUCAUUUUGCUGCUGAUGGUUUACAUAAGGCUUAAGAAGAAUAAUAGAGAAGCUGUUCCAGAAGUGUCAGUCUACAAUUCAGGUAACGACCACGUCCAGCCAGCACCCAACAGGCUACCAGUAGGCUCUGAGGAGGAUGAACAUUUGUAUUCCAUGAUCGAUGAGUCACUAAUCUACUCACACCUCCUGAAACGGCAAGGAAACGGUUUUUAUGAUGAGUAUGAAACUUUCCAGUCUGUUGCCACUGACUGCAGAAGGCCAACAAUCCAUGUGAAAGCUGGUGAUGAAGGCACCGUGUCAAUCUUCCAAAAUCAACAAGGUCCUCCACCUCCUAACAGACCUCCGAGUUACCUGGAGCUGCUGGGGGACCGUCCUCCGACUCCUGGACCACAUUUAAAGCCCAAGGAAGCCGAGUGAACACAUGAUUUGGUUCAGUUUCCAGUUGGACUUUGACAUUUCCCUGACAUGCCUGUCAGUCUUUUUGAGCUUUCUGCUCCUCCAGAACAGUGUUUUUAACACAGCAAAGAAAAAUGCCUUCUUCAAACCGGACUUCAACUGUUUUUUGUGGGCUUUUAAAGCCUGACUGUUUUGUUUUUCUCUCUCUCUCUUCAAAUUUAUAGUCGGUGUGUUUUAACUUACCAAAUGGUAUUAAUUGUUUUUUAAUAGAUUAUGGGGGUUGUUGUAAAAGGUAGGGCUAUUAUUUCUUGUGAGAUGAAAAAUGCAACUGUGUUUCUACCAUUGCAUGAAAUGCCUUACCAAAAAAAAUGAUACCACUAAACUUUCCAAGACUGAGCACUUAUGCAUAACUUUUGUCUUUGAAUGUGAAAGCCGGUGUUAUAUUAAAUUAAUAUUUGUAGGGAAGUACUGUCCUGUUGAUGGAGUGUUGUAACCUCAGAUUACUCUGAGAAAAUACCCUGGUGUUGACAAGCCUAUUCUACUCCUAGUUAGGUUACAUUGUUUAUGGACUUUCAGCAUUGGGACUGAUUCCUGUUAUUAUUUAUUUUUAAAUUAUACUGUAUAUAAUAUAUAUAUAUUAUUAUUUUUCUUAUUGCAUUCUCUAAAUUAUCCUUAGGUGGGAUUGUGUGUGUACAUGGUUGUUCCAUGCACGCACAUGGCAUCGGCCCCAUGUUUAUUAUUAUUUGUUAUUGUUUUCUUGUUUUUUAUUAUUGUUUUUUUUAACUAUUUCCAUUUUGUACUGUGUAUUUUUGUAAUAU